AUGGCGGUGCAGUCAGUGGGGGGACCGGAGUUGUUGGCGGCGCUAGUAACCAGCGAGGGCCUCCAACCCGAGCUUGACGACCAGACGAGCGCUAGGUUCUUGACCUUUGCUGUGAAGGGCGAGAGCCAAGUGUCGUCCGAGACUGAGUCCGACACAGGCGACGAUGGUCACCAGGGCGUUGCUGAGGAUACGGGUGACAACGAGUUGCAAGUGUCUACGAGAAAGUUAAAGAGGAAAGAUCUGGAGCACCUAUUGCCGAAAGUGCCAGAAGACUGGUGGGAGGGGACGCAAAGGUCGGUGGUCAGCUCAUGGAGGUUGAAUCUCGACGCCGUAAGCGAUGCAUUUAAUCAGUGCUCAUUCCGAGUGAAACUGGCGCUAUCGGGAAGUGUACUGUUUGGGUGCUGCUUGGCCUUUUAUGCCGCUUCCGGCCACGAUGGUGCGUGCUCAGGCAGUACUACGGCCUUACCGAAGUUCUUGCCCUGUGUCGACGAAGCUGGCGUGGAACAGGCCUGGUGUGUGGAAGGUGGCCGUAUAUGCAUGACACAUAAAGGAGACCCUGAGAAGAGAUGUCUUCCGAUGGAGAGCAACACCCGGCUCAGAUUUAACGACGUCUCCUGGCUGAGCAGUCAACCAAAGAGCCCGUUCAAUGUCUGUAGCAUCGUUCCGUUCGAGACCGCCCCGUCCGAGACCGCCCCGUUGGAGACCGCCCCGUUGGAGACCUGCAAGGAAAGAACUAUUGUCGUACACCUUGUUGGUUUCCUUGAGGCAUGUGCCCUCCCCAGAGGGGGUGCAUUCGUUUGCUGGGACGCGGUUGCAAACUAA